AUGUCGUCAGAUAGACAGGUCCGAGGUCGCCGAAGCGCCGGCUGCGCCACAUGCCGGAAACGAAAAGUCAAAUGUGAUGAGAAGCGACCAGUCUGUGACCGUUGCAGACGGGGAUUUCACGUAUGCCUGGGAUACGAUACAAUUCCCAUUUUCGUGUUUGAAGAUAAACAACUUGGGAAACCCGUUCCCUCUAACCGAACAUUCCAGUCGGGGCGGGGUCUAAUAGCGUCCCGCAUGGCCGAGGACAGCAGAGCUGCUCAGAAGCAUUCUGGAUUGUUGACUACUGAAAUCCCCGCAAGUCUGAAUAUAUCAGCCUUUUCCCAAGACAUAGUUCUUUCUUAUAUGAUAUCAACAUUAAGUGAUACAUUUCUGCACAGCUCAAGCGCUCCCGAAAUCCAUGAGGACGCACCAUCAUUUUUGACUGUCUUAUCAACCAAGAACAGAGAUUCCCCGGCUUUCAUAUGCGGGCUAAGCUCGGCAGAGGCCCUGUUCGGCCAUAUGCAUGGAGACAAAAGUAUGGUUCGCCAUUCGUCUACCUUAUAUGACGAAGCACUGCACAGAUUUCAGCGCGACUUGGAGAUGCUUGGUUCCCACGGAGGUUGGGCGCAACAUUAUGUUGCAAUAUGGAGCUGUUUAUUCUUGGUAUUGUAUGAGCUCCUAGCAGGCAUGGGACCCAUCAAUUGGGUUCAUCAUUCCCUUGGAAUGGCUGCUUUGGCCCAGAGCGCUGGACCGGCGGCCUUCCAGUCACCGAUGGCCCGAGAGUUGUUGCUCGUACUCCGGAGCUUUAUUGUGGUGGCAGAUAUUGCAAGAAGGAAAAGGUCGUUUCUUAACCAAGACGAAUGGAAAACAAUACCCUGGGAAGUCGACCCAGAUACCAAGGCCACAGGGGAUAAACUACAAGACCUCUUCUGCCGAGUACCCGGCAUAUUGGAGGAUAAUGAUGAAGUAUUGAGAUGCCCUUCCAAGACCCGCCUCAGAGCAUUGCAGGAUGAAGUGUCACUCGCACUUGAUGAGCUGUUCCGCCUCCAAGUGCGAUGGAUGCAAGAAAAUCAAGACUGUUAUUGGGAGAUACCUACUAUAAGGGCCAAUUCGAUCUGGGUGUCCGAGAGCAAUGAACCACUAUUUGGCUGUGUGCUGUGGUUUGGAUCUUUCCGUCUCGCCCUUGAUUACAUUUAUUUUUUUGUCAUGUGGCUUCUGCUCCAUGGUGUUUGUACAUCGGCAUCCCUAGGCGAACUAACUAAACCACCCCAAAGUUUGCUCCAGGGAGUGAUGUCGUCUCCGUCAAUGAUUCGUCUAGGGGAUGCAACGCCACAAGAACACGCUGUUGAGGUUUGCCGAGCUGUCGACUUUUUGUUGUUGGGCGAAGAUGGACAUAGAGGGCCCAUGUCUCUUCUCUUCCCCAUGAAGAUCGCUUCGAGAUAUUUGGAAGAUUUACCCGAGAUGUUCCAGUGCCUUGGAAGGGUUCUCCAUCGAAUAUCAGCAGAUAAGGGGUUUGGUCUGGGCGACCAAGUGCUAAACAUGGAGCGCACCGAUUUCUGUUCUAAUCCGAGAAAGCAGACUUGA